GGCUUCUGCGAUGGCUCCGGUAUCUCUGGCGACCAUCCUUCUGGUGACUGCCGUCACCGUCCUCAUUUACCUGAUCUCUCGCAGGGCCAGGGGCAGGGGCAAGGAGGUUAAUCUGCCCCCAGGACCCAAACCGCUGCCCCUGCUGGGGAAUAUUCUGGAGGUCAGCAUCACAGAGGUGCCCCAGGACAUGGUAAAGCUCGGCGGGAUCUACGGACCCGUUUUCACGCUCCAGAUGGCCGGGCAGCGCAUGGUCAUCUUCAUUGGGUACGACGCGGUACGAGAAGCUCUGGUGGAUCACAGCGAUGUGUUUAGCGACAGGGGAUCCCUGGGCCUCCUUAACCUGCUAUUCAAAGAUUACGGCAUCGCUCUGAGUAACGGCGAGAGGUGGAGGGCCAUGAGACGAUUCUCUCUCACAACGCUGAGGAAUUUCGGAAUGGGGAAGAGGAGCAUCGAGGAGAGAAUCCAGGAAGAGGCUCGGUGUCUGGCGGAAACAUUUGGAAAUUACAAAGAUACUCCAUUGGAUCCAUCGAAUCUUCUGAGACAGGCGGUCUCCAACGUCAUCUGCUCCGUCGUCUUCGGUGGAAGAUUCCAUUAUGAAGACAAGAAUUUUAAGAGUCUUUUGUUAUAUUUAAGGGAACUUUUCACGCAGCUAAAUUCACUUUCCGGACAGCUUUUACAGAUUUUCCCAAAUCUGCUCAGCCGCGUCCCUGGUCCUCAUCAAAAAAUCUUCGCAAAUUUCAACAGAUUAAGAGAGUUUGUGAUGGACAUGGUGAAAUCUCACAGGGAGACCCUGGAUACAAACCUCCCCCGGGACUUCAUAGACUGCUUCCUCACCAAGAUGGAGGAGGAAAAAAAUAAUCCCGGUACCGAGUUUCACGACGAGAAUUUAUUAGGAUCGGUUCUAGAUCUGUUUGUUGCUGGAACCGAAACCACGAGCACGACUCUGAGAUACGCGUUCCUGAUUCUGCUCAGGUAUCCAGAGAUACAAGAGAAGAUUCACGAGGAGAUCGACAACGUUAUCGGUCGAGAUCGCUGUCCUUCAGUGGAGGAUCGGAGCAAGAUGCCCUACGUAGACGCCGUGAUCCACGAAAUUCAGAGAUUUGGGGACAUCAUUCCCACAGGACUGGUCCACGCAGCCAGCAGAGACGCGACCUUCAGAGGAUAUCACAUCCCCAAGGGUUCUUUGAUUUUACCUCUUCUGACUUCUGUUCUGAAGGACCCAAAAUACUUUAAAAACCCUAAACAGUUUGAUCCCGGACACUUUCUUGAUGAGGACGGACAAUUUAAAAAGAAUGACGCCUUCCUGCCAUUCUCUACAGGUAAACGUAUGUGUGUGGGAGAAGGCCUGGCCCGGAUGGAGCUCUUCCUCUUCUUCACCGCCAUCUUACAAAAGUUCACCCUGAAGCCAACGGGGAGGACAGAAGACAUCGAGAUCACCCCAGAGCCCAACAGCAACGGCUCACGAGCGAGAACUUACCAAAUGUACGUUGUGCCACGGUGAAAACACCAGAUAACAGCCAGUCGGGUAACAUUCUUUGCUGGAAACAAAGUAACAUCUCUGACCGUAAAUUAUAUUUUUCAUAUUAAAAUAAAUAUGGAGAUUAUACAAAAUACAACA